AUGGCUUCCACGCCCGGCGCCGGAGACGCCUUUACCGAUCCCAGCGUCCCAUUGAUUCCCACCACCAACGACCCUAAUAACAACGCCUCCACCGCCGCCUCUCAUGAGCACAUGACCGUGCCCGACUCGCUCGCUGUGGGCCGAAAUGCUUCACUGACGCUGGCCGCGGAUUCGCUAGUCGUCCUAGACGAAGCCAGUCCACACGCCAAGAACGCAUCCUGUUGCGGUAUAUCUCUUCCUCACAAGAAGAACGCCCCUCGCUCCAUACCCUUUUUCAACAUUCUUUGGGCCGAACACGUCAGUGACGGCCACAUUGCCAUCCACUAUGCCCAGCCUGUGGCCAAAGCCUCUGUUCGCCCUGCCAUGCUCAGCUACACCAUCGAGAAAUCCGACGGCCCCUUGAUAGAUGCAUGGAUCGAGAAGCUGCUGGAUCGCGCAUAUGGCCCGUCGCAAAGGCUUAAGCGCAUCAAGGUGCUUGUCAAUCCGUUUGGCGGCCAGGGCAGCGCUGUCAAGAUAUACAACAAGCACGUUGCGCCCAUAUUCGCGGCGGCAAGAUGCGAACUCGACGUCGAGAAGACAAUGUACAAUGGGCAUGGUGUCGAGAUUGCGCAGAAGAUCGACAUUGAUGCGUACGACGUCGUGGCAUGCUGCUCCGGAGAUGGCAUACCACACGAAGUCUGGAAUGGACUGGGCAAAAGACCCGACGCUGCGAGAGCCCUGCAGAAAAUGGCUGUCGCGCAAUUGCCGUGCGGCUCGGGCAACGCCUUGAGUAUGAACUUCAAUGGCACAGGCGACCCAAGUCUAGCAGCUGUAGCCAUCGUAAAAGGGCUGCGCACGCCGCUAGACCUAGCAUCCGUCACACAAGGCGACCGACGCACCCUCUCGUUCCUCUCGCAGUCUGUUGGCAUCGUAGCCGAAACCGAUCUUGGGACGGAAAAUUUGCGAUGGAUGGGAGGCGCGCGUUUCACAUGGGGCUUCAUAGUGCGCUUGCUCAACAAGACCGUGUACCCCGCCGACAUUGCCGUCAAGGUUGAGUACGACAGCAAGGACGCUGUUCGUGAAGCCUACCGUGCCGAAAGCGCAAAACUACUUCGAAGUAGCGACGAUCGCGCGGUUCCUGAGGCAGACACAGGCCUACCCGCGCUCCAGUACGGCACAUGCAGUGAUCCCCUCCCCGAAGGAUGGGAGCUUAUUCCUCACGACCAGUUGGGCAACUUCUACGCCGGCAACAUAGCAUUCAUGGCAACUGACGCAAAUUUCUUCCCUGGCGCCCUUCCCUGCGAUGGCUGUCUCGACCUUGUCCGUAUCCGCGGCGACCUGCCCCGUCGCACUGCCAUCAAGACACUAAUGUCGAUUGAGAAGAACACCUUUUUCAACCUCGAUCAUGUCGACUACAAGAAGGUGAGCGCAUAUCGCAUCAUUCCUCGUAACCAAAAGGAUGGUUACAUCAGCAUUGACGGCGAGAGAGUACCAUUUGAAGGAUUCCAGGUCGAGGUGCACAAGGGGUUGGGAACCUCCCUAAGUAAAAGUGGGCGUCUGUGUGAGGCAAAGGGACCUUGAUAUCGAGGGACACUAGAAGGAACCUAGGUCAUCUGUUAAAAUAUCCCAUGUCUUUUCGUCUUGUUUAUUCCUUAUUUUUGUCUCCUUUGCUCACCGCUUAACACCCGAGGGCAUUGACGCUGUUUGUAUAGCGUUUCUCUUUGGGAAAGGAGGGGGGAGACAUAGUUCCUCGUUUUACCUAAUACUAGGACGGAAAGGUAAUUUCCCACUCACACAUUUAUUGAACAAAGGCUAGUUGGAUUUUGAAAAGCCUCAUAUCAACUCUGC